GGACCCUGAGGGAGGGGGCACCCUUAGGGUACUAUAGUGUCAGUAAAACCGAUUUGUUUUCCUGACACUAUAGUAUCCCUUUAAUUACAUUGUAUAAUUGUGUUCGGGGUGAUGUGUACAUUCUCUGCUGCCACAUUUUUCAUAGUGUUAUAAGUUACUUGUUUUGCAUUUCUACAGGAGAACGUUAAAGUAUCAUUUCUGAGUCCUCACAAACCAUGGAAACCUCAUUAAAGCGCCUCUAUGUUGGUGGAAUUGGUCCGUCAAUCACAAAUGAUGAACUCACUGAUAGGUUCCAAAAAUUUGGAAACGUAGAUGAUGUGGAGAUAAUUUCCAGAAAAGAUGAGCAUGGAAAUCCUGUGAAGACAUUUGCUUACCUCAACAUCAGCAUCUCGGAUGUAGACUUAAGGAAGUGUAUAUCCACCCUUAAUAAGACAAAAUGGAAGGGAGGAGUCCUGCAGAUUGAAAAGGCAAAAGAAAGCUUCUUACACAGGUUGUCGCGGGAGAGACAAGAAACUAAAGAAAGCAUAAAGCCCCAAGAAGACUCAAAACCGGACUUGGUAAAAUCCCUAAAGGAAGCUGGUGUUCAAGAUUUUCAGAUGAAGGCUGCUGUACCGGGGACCGAAGUACCAAAUCAUAAGAAUUGGGUGGUUAGUAAAUAUGGCAGGGUUCUACCUGUUCUUCAUUUGAAAGGCAACGACAAGAGAAAAAGCAUUAAAUAUGACCCUUCAAAAUACUGCCACAAUAUUAAAAAAUUGGAGGACAGUUCUGUUGAGAUGACUCCAGUAUCAGAACUGACCUGGCAGCUCGAAGGAGGUGAUAAUGAGAUCAGCAAAAAACGCAGGGGAGAGUUUCCAGCUUACAAAAGCCCUAAUACAAAGAAACUCCAUUUGCAGAAAAAAAAUCUAGGUACAGAGGAGCAUGUUGAAUCACAAAAAUUUAAAAUAUCUCAGCAAGGUAGUGACCACGUAAUUAAACAGUCUUCUAGUGAAACUCAAGCAAAGGUAAGCUCUUUAAAGAUUCUGGAUGACCAACGUAGAGGAUACAGAAACCGCAGGUCUUCUGAUGACGAAUAUGAUUCUGGAGAAGAGCUACGAGCAUGGUUAGAUAGUGAUAAAAAAGCAGAAAACAGAGGCAAUAUCAUAAUUGAAGACACUAACUUAGAGGUUGUGGAUGACUCCUUUAAGAUGAGUUAUAGCAGUCAUUGGUCAAGACGAGAUAAAAAUGCUGUAAAGGAACUAUGUAAGAAUGCGGAAGAUGAUGAAUAUGACUCUGCUGAUACAGAUGAAAUUAUUGCAGUUUCCAAAAAUGUCAAAGAUGUAGAAAAAGGCACUGUAAAUGAAAAGUGUCCAAUUCCUGCCAAAAAACUAAAACGUAAACUAGGUCCUUCAGACAUCCAGUUAAAAAAACUGAAACCAGAUCUCUCACCUCCUACAGAAGACCAAUCAGAGUCAGGUAGUGAGAAUGAUGAUUCUGAAUCAGUCAGUAGCAAUUCCUAUUCUGAUGAAGAGUAUGAUUCAAUGCAAAACUGCCACAGGUUACCUCUUUCAAUGGGGGAGCUGGAGGAACCAGCCAACAAAUCAAGAGAGUCUUCAGAAGAUGAGACAGAGAGAGACCAGAAUCAAAACCAUUCAGGAUCAGACAGUAGUGACUCCUAUUCCGACGAAGAGUAUGACACCAUGAUGCAAAACUGUCAGAGGUUAACUCUUUCAAUGGCUGACUUGGGAAAAUUAGCCAGCGAAGCUAUAGAUUCUUCAGAAGAUGAAACGUUGAAUAGAACAGUUGAGAGUCACGUGAUAGAAGACCUACCUAGUGCACGGAAAACACCUGUUGUGACACAGAAAGUGAAAAAGAGUAUGGACCCAGAAGAUAUUGUGGCUUCCAUUUUAGAAGAUAGUGAUGAUAGCUGUGACAAUAAACGAAAAAAGAAAAAAGCACCUCCAAUAAAACUUCCAGCUUUUAAAGGCUUGGGGUCACUUUUAACAUCAUGUCCCUCUGAAGAAUCAAAUGCUUCUGUGAAUUCAUUUUCUAAUGCCAUUGUCAGCCCUUCUCACCAAGGCAAAUUAGCUACAAACAAAAGUAGUAAAGUGAUUAAAAGCAGUGAGAUCAAUGUUUUUAUCUCCACAAACAGACUGGAGCAAGACCCAGGUUCAGCAGAUAAUUGUGAAUUUAGAGCUGAUCAGCAAGGUAAAGAUCAAGCUCCCAACCAACCUCAAGUUAAAAGAAACAAAGCUGAAAAAAUAAAUCCGAGGAGGAAGAGUAGUAGUAGCAGCGAGGAGUCGUCAUCUAGUAGUGACGAGGGACCAAGCAUUGUCACUUCACCAUCGGCUCUUGAUAAGGCCUCACAGUGCAUCAGUUCUCAAAAUGGUGGGAAGAGUGAAACAAAGAAGCGCAGCAUUACCGAGAAGUUGGAGGAUAAUAAGAAACGUUUGGCUGCCAUGGAGGAGAGAAGGAUAGAGCGGGAGCAACAGAAACUGGCAAUCCAAGGGGCUCUGCUUAAAUUGGAUUCCCAGUCCUCAAGCAAAGCUCAACACAUUAAGUUUGAUUCGGACUCCGAGGAAGAAAGUGAAGAGGAAACAAAGAAGAGUGACCAAAUUAGUACUCCUUCUGACAAGGUACAAAAUCCAACUCCAAAACUAUUUGACCGCAGUGAUGAAGAGUCUGAUGAAGAAGGUAGUACAGAGGACGAGGAGAGGUUCCAAAUCAAAUCUCAGUAUGAAGGCCGGGCUGGAGCAAAGCUCUUGGGUUUACAAUCUCGCUUUGGAACAGAUGAGCGUUUCCGAAUGGACUCCCGCUUCCUGGAUACAAGUAGUGAAGAUGAGCAGAUUGAAGAAUCCCAACAGAAAGUGAACAGUGAAGCUGAAGAUGACCUAUCGGCAGAAAAAAAGAAAAACUUGGACAUCUUAAAUAGUCUUCUAAACGUCAAUACAGAGCCACAAGCACCAAGCAAACAGUCCGCCAAAGCAAAACAAUUCAAAGAUCUAAAUGCCCUUCAAUAUGACCCCACGAAUGAGGAUCAUGCAGCAUUUGAAACACAGACAGAAGAGACCAAAAAAAAGAAAGAAAGUAAAUCUGAGCGGAAAAAAAGGCGUCUGGAAGCAGAAAAGCUACCAGAAGUGUCUGUAGAAACCUACCAUGAAGUGGCAGUGGACUUAAAAGAAGUAUUUGGAACCUCAAAACCCAAAGAGAGUGAGGAUCCUGUGAUCACAUGGGACCAAGAGGAUGAAACGAAAAAGGUGGGAGUGGAGAACUCUACCAUGCAUGAAUAUUUCAGCUUACAAAAAUCAAAAGAGGAGGAGCCUGCAGGAUUCACCUUCUCUUUCUUUGGGGCCAAUACAGAGGACCAUGAUUCUAAAGAAGUGCCCUAUUCAUUUGAGACUAUUAACCCUGCCAAGGUGGCGUGGCAAGAAGACCCCCGAUUCCAAGACAGUAGUUCAGAGGGAGAAGAUGAAGAUGACAAUGCUGCAAUCCUUACUAAAGAACAAACACCAAGUAUACUAUCAGAAGCCUCUAAAAGCAACAUCCGUUUCUUUUUCUUUGUGAAAGAUGAUGAGAGACUGAAAGCGGGUCCAAAAAUGUUUUUCCCAUCCUCAAACUUGGAGGAGGAAGAAGAAGUCUGGGAACAGAGGAAAGAAUCAAUCAUGGAGGAGUGCAGGAAAAGGCACAAGGAUGCAAAACGGAAAAUAAGAGCCAACCGCUGAUAUCUGAUCAUUCUGCUUCCAAAAUAAAUGUAUAUUAUUCUCUGAUUAUUUCUCCUCCGGACUACAUCUCUCAUUGAGGAUUACUCCUAAUCUCUCACGUGAACGUUUGCAGAUCUCUACCAUACUGAGGAGUGAAGACCUGGAGGCCAAAAAACUACUUCAUAUGGAAGUAAUGGUUUUUCUAUCCCAGGCAUUUGCAGCUAUGACUAAACAUGUAUUAUAUGGAUAACUACUCAGGACAUCAGUUAAUUGGCUUCAAAGCCGUAUAUUUUUCCAAAAAUGAAUUUUGACCCAUCUUAUAUUUAAAAAAAAAAAAAAAAAAAAAAAAUCGUUUUAUUUUGCUUUAAAGAAAUUGAGAGCAUAAUAUAUGGAGUCCUUCACUUUGAACAUCUUUUGUUAACACAACCUUUUAAAAAGGAAAUUUCAGCAAAAGCACACAGGUCUGAAGUCUGCCAUGAAGCCUUUUCUUCAUACUGUGCUAGCAUCUUGUGGUGAAAUGUUGCAUUUCGCUUUCCGUGUUCAUGAUCCCUGAAGAUUUAACCUAGUGCUGUUUUCAUAUGCCUAACGAUCCUUGUGCACUGCAACAGAACAGUAAAAUAAGUUAUAUUUAUUAUCAUGUUUCUCCAUAUAAUAAACCUAGCAUAUCUUUACUAAAAAAAAGUUGUUGUUUCUGUGUCAGAACUUUUUUCCUUCCUGGUAAGGUAUCACGGACGCUGUCAUUCUAAAACUACUGGGAGGCUUUCACUUGGCUGACGGUGUAUAGACGCAGUUUCAUUUUUGUCUGUAGGCUGAUGGGACUUAGAGUGGCAGGAGACAUUGUGAGCUUCUUUUUCAAUACUGAUUUUGUUUGUUUAUGUUCUUUGUAGCAUUAGGGAGCAUCUUCUCCAGGUAGCCGUCUCAUUAACAAACCCCAGUCAUACAGCGUAAAUAUCUGCUAGACUGCCAUCAGUUAGAGAAAAACUGUUGU